AUGGCUCAUCUCCGCUUCAGCGCUCGGAGCUGCUCCAAGCGCAAGAAUCCAAUACCUAGCCAAGCACAAAAGAGACUUCUCAGCAAGGGAGGACCACCAGAGGAAAGAGGAGGAGGCAAACAUCUUCAGGAAGACCAAGUAUCCUUCCUCCAAGACGCUGCAGUACGAAAACAUUGUGCGGCUGUCGACACCCAAAACCAGGAGAAGUUGCCCCCAGGAAUCCGGAGUGCUUCGUCCAGCGUGUCUUCAGCUUCACGAGCUGCUCGAGUCUCUCAGAGACUCGUCCGGCUGUCGCUGCCCAGACUGAAGGAGAGCAACAUCUGCUGCCAGCUGGGUCGCCCCGAGGAGCCCGUCUGGACCGUUUCUGGUACAGCGAAGAAAGCCACGGCAAGUGUCCGCGUGGAGAUGCUGGCAGCGCCGAGGCGGCUCUCCGAGGACUACGUUCCUCCACGAGAAGCUGAGUGGAGUCGCAGAGAUGCCCGGUCCACCUGAGCACCCGCUGGGAGGACGACCAGUCAGAGACUCCAGCAGAAGUACUGGAGUUGAG